UAUUAGCCGCCAAAGAAAAUUACGUAAAUGUCCUCACUGCCCUAGGCUUCUCACAGCCUUUGUCUUCUUCUGUUUGAGCGAAAGAAUGUGAUUUAUUUCUUGACUUAACCCAGCGUUUGCACAUAAACUGUUCGACGAAAUUCCUAAGAGACCUUCAGGCAUAAUUUGCAACCCCAUUCAAUUAUUCCAUUCAUAUUGAAGGAAUUUGGACUUAAUCUGAUGGGAAAAGCAUCUAGGGAUAAGAGGGAUAUUUACUACCGGAAAGCAAAGGAAGAAGGGUGGCGUGCCCGAAGUGCCUUCAAGCUCCUUCAGAUAGAUGAGGAGUUUAAUAUCUUUGAAGGUGCGAAGCGCGUUGUGGAUUUAUGUGCUGCUCCAGGCAGCUGGAGUCAGGUUUUAAGCCGGAAGUUAUAUCUCCCAGCAAAGCUGUCACCGGGUACCAAGGAUGAUGAUCUACCACUUAUCGUGGCUAUUGACUUACAGCCUAUGGCUCCAAUUGAAGGUGUUAUUCAAGUACAGGGUGAUAUAACAAAUGCUAAAACAGCUGAAGUGGUUAUUAGACAUUUUGAUGGAUGCAAAGCUGACCUUGUUGUCUGUGAUGGUGCACCUGAUGUAACGGGACUUCAUGACAUGGAUGAAUUUGUUCAAUCCCAACUGAUAUUGGCGGGCCUAACCAUAGUCACUCACAUACUAAAAGAAGGUGGAAAGUUCAUAGCAAAAAUUUUUCGAGGAAAAGACACAAGUCUCCUUUACUGUCAACUAAAACUAUUUUUCACGGAAGUGACUUUUGCUAAGCCAAAAAGUAGUCGCAAUUCUAGCAUAGAGGCAUUUGCAGUUUGUGAAAACUACUCUCCACCUGAAGGAUUCAAUGAGAAAGACCUUUAUCGCCUUCUUGAACAAGUUGGAAGUCCAUCAGGCGCUGAGGACUUAGAUUGCAGUAGUGGAUGGCUUGAAGGUCGUAACAAGGUGUAUAUCCCAUUUCUGGCUUGCGGAGACCUGAGUGGAUAUGAUUCAGAUCGUUCAUAUCCGCUUCCUAAAUCUGCAGAUGGAACCUAUCAAUGUUUAGAUCCUGUACAACCUCCGAUUGCACCACCGUAUAAACGAGCUCUUGAAAUGAAAAAAGCUUCAAGUCAAGGAAUUCAUAAUCUAGACAAACUUUCUCUUGACCCCUGAGCAUUGAGCAAGAACAGUUCUCUUCUGCGACGUCUCACGAGUUGCAGGUAUAUGUCACCAAAUGUAAGGGCACCUUGUUAGCUGCUCUUGCAAUUUGAUAAAUUGAAUGUUUUUUAGUAGACUUUUUACUUAAGAACCAAAUGAAAGACACAUACUUGUGUCCCCACUGCGGGAUGCACUGUACGAGUCUUGCCCGUAAACUAUUUAAGUGGAGAAGGGUAGAUGAGCGAGCCCAUUGUUACCAAGUUUCAAAGUUGAAAACAACUGAUUUUUUGGUCAUCAAAGAAAGAUGACAGUGACAUGUUUGUGUAGUAGCAAAUUUUUAUUUUAUUCUUGGGUAUUUAAAUCUUGAAUUAACUGACAAUGAUCAACGGUCAUGAUUUAUGA